CCAGAGCCUCCGCGAGAGCUGGCACCGGGUGGGCCGGGGGCGCGGGCCGAGGCGGCGGUACUGGCCCAGCUCCGGGCUCCGGGCUGGGUCCCCAGUGACAGCGCCGCCCGGGCAAUGCCCGCGGGGACGCCGCUGGCCACCGGAACGAGGUGCUACCUUCUGCCACCAUGACCGAGGGCACGCUGGCCGCGGACGAGGUCCGGGUGCCUCUGGGCGCUUCUCCUCCGUCUCCUGCAGCGCCGGUGAGGGCUUCUCCAGCGAGCCCUGGGGCGCCGGGGCGCGAGGAGCAGCGAGGAUCCGGGUCUGGCGUGUUGACUCCUGAGAGCCCAGCGACCGAGUGUGGUGCGGACCUGGGUGCCGACGAGGAACAGCCCAUCCCAUACCCGGCACUGGCGGCCACGGUCUUCUUCUGCCUUGGGCAAACCACGCGGCCGCGCAGCUGGUGCCUCCGACUGGUUUGUAACCCAUAUCCUUACAGGGUUGACGAGGCGCUGGGGACUGGGGUGUGGGACUCCCCCUGCGUACGCCCUGUGAACCCCGGCUUCUGGGAUCCGGCGCGGGCGGGUAGGGGUGUGCGACAGUGUUCUCAGAGAUGGUGGGGAUUCGCCAGUGGAAUCCGGGUUCAGAGGCAUCUUGGGACGGGAGAGUAUGGACAGAAGCAGCGAGGAUGCCACGGCUCAGAAGGGGAAAAAAGGUAGUUAUUAACUC